UCAGCCAUCUGGUGUCACCGCAACGAGUCGUUUGUUCGACCAAUUACUAUAUGAUUCCUGUCGGAUUUACGGCCGACAACCCAGAAAGAUGCCGCAGAAAGCACUGGGAUCCAUUGUAGGUCUUCUUUGUACCGGGGCCUGUUUCGUGCAGGGUAAGGAGUUCUGUUUUGGGGUAAACAAUGAGCAGUACCGCUGCGAGAUGGGCUACUGCUGCGGAGAAACGGAGUGCUGCACUUACUACUAUGAACUCUGGUGGUUCUGGUUGGUAUGGACGCUCAUCAUAAUGCUGAGUUGCUGCUGUGCAUAUCGACACCGGAGAGUUAAAAUGCGUCUGCAACAGGAGCAGCGACAACGUGAGAUCAGCCUCAUGGCCUAUCAAGGAGCCUCAAGCUCCUUCAUUACACCCCCACCUCUCAAUUUAAGGUUGUGGAAUGACUGCAAGCUUCCUGAUUAUGAAGAAGUCGUAGGCCACCCUCCGACCCCACCUCCUCCGUAUUCUGAAAACCCUCCUGAGUCAACUCAAGCACUCGUUCCACAAAUAAACCCUCCAGACUCUGCUUCUGUGCCUGAAAUUCUGCCAGAGCCGUUGCCAAGGGUGGACUGCCAGGGGUCGGGCUCUCAGUCAGACCACGAGAUGGCAUCACUCCCGGUCCAGGGAGGACCGUGUCAAGCAGAGGAGAACGUGGAGGCUUUGUUGUUGGCGGCUGCAGCAGAGGAGGAGGAGGAAGACGAGGAGCUCAUCACUCGACGCCGGCAUGUGACCGGCGACUCGGGGAUAGAGGUGUGCGUUUGCCAGCUGGAUGUGGACGAGUGCUCGGGGCUCGAGGAAGAAGGGGAUGAGGAUGGCCAGAUGUGCAGCGUCGCCAACAGAGACUGCUGCUCCGGACACCAGCAGGAGACGUUCAGACAGAAGGAGGGCAACUCGGAGUUGCCCAGCCAGAACACCAGCACUGGAGACAACAUGGUGUGACGCAUCAACCAGCAAAC